AUGCGAUUGUUCUGUUUUGAUUUGCGAACUCUUAUGCAUGAGAUAUUCAGAAAAGAUUUAGGUAAUACAUCAGCUGUAAGUAAUGAUAGUUCUUCAGAUGACAUUAAUUUUAUGUUGCGUGAGAGACCUAUAAGUACGAUAUCAGGUAAUACGUUAGAUAUGAAUUACAACGAUUUUGUUCGUCAUCUGCAAUCUACUAAAGACAAGAUUCAUAUAAAUGGCUCGCUCCAUUGUGCAGCAGUUUCAACCCCUGUUAUAACUGAACGUUCCAAUCCUGUACCGAUAUUUGAUUUUCCUUCUGUGGAUCGUUCGAUUUCUAUGUGUGACGCAGUCUGA